AUGAGCUGUCAGAGAAUCAGUCAUAAGCGGCUGUCUCUGCUAUGGGAGCGGGCGGCUCUCAGCCUGUGGCUCUGCUGCUGCUGGACAUCCAGGGCCGCCGCCGGUGGAGCCGCACCCGCCGCCGGACCCGGCGACGGCGCCCGUGGCUCCCUGGACUGGCUGCUGUCGGAUAAAGGGCCCUUCCAUCAAUCCCUGGAGUUCACGGAGGCUGCGGAGAGGUACCAGCAGGGCUUCAGCACCAGAUACAAGAUCUACAGAGAGUUUGGUCGAUGGAAGGUCAACAGUCUGGCGGUGGAGAAGCGGGACAGUAUUGGUGGCAGCGGUGGCCUGGCUCUGCCCCUCGACCCCGACUUCAUGCACACCAUCCGCCAGCUGGGGAGGCGGCCAACCCCCCAGACGAUUACAGAGAGUCUAAUCAAGAAAUAUGGCACCCACCUCCUCCUCUCUGCCACUCUGGGAGGAGAGGAGUCUUUGACAAUAUUUGUGGACAAAAGGAAGCUCAGCCAGGAGUCUUCGCCCCCAGGGGACGAGGGCAGCCAUGGCAGCAACAGGAAGUCAAACACAACGGGGACAGUGACCCUGGAGGCCCUCCACCAGCUGGCUGCUUCUUACUUCACCGACAGAGAGAGCACGCUGCGUAGGCUGCACCACCUCCAGAUCGCAUCCACUGCAAUACGGGUGACAGAAACCAGAACUGGGCCACUCGGGUGCAGCAACUAUGACAAUCUGGACACAGUCAGCUCCGUACUGGUCCACAGUCCAGAAAACAAGGUCCAACUACAAGGGAUGCAAGUCAUCCUACCAGGCUACUUGCAGAACCGCUUCAUUCAAGCGGCACUCAACUACAUCGGCUGUAAAUCUGAGGGCCAGUUUGUUUGCCAGAACAGUGACUGCUGGUGUGAAUGCAGCGUGGACUUCCCCCAGUGUAACUGUCCUCACUCUGACCUGGACACUCUGGAAAACAACCUGCAGCGCAUCAGAGACGCCUGGAGGCUGACCAACCAGGAGUUUGAGGAAUCCGAGGAGUUCCAAAGCUUUGUUGGGAAACUGCCAACCCAUUAUGCUGUAAACACAUCUGUCGUGGAACACUUGUGGAGGACGGAUGUCAGCCUGCCCCAGCGCUACAGGCAGCUGGAGACCAGCAGCAACCAGCUUUUCACCAAAGCUCGCCGCACAGCUAACAAGCUCUUCAUCCUCAGCAAGAGGUGCCGAAAACAGCCCAAAAUAGUCCUGCAGAGGCCGAGGCCUCUGCACUUCUGGUUGAGCUACACCCUCUCCAUUUUAUACUGCAGUGAGAACAACCAGGUUGGUGUUUACAGUGACGAGAGCCACAGCUGCUCCUGCCCCUACAACCAUCCGCCUUGCCAGGGCCUCAUUCCCUGCUCUGUGGGCGACGGUCCCCGCUGUGCGUCCUGUUCCACGGACAACCGGACACGAUGCUCCAGCUGUAACCCCGGCUUCACCCUGACCCAGGGAGCCUGCAGGCCCGCCGUGCCCGACCCUACCGACCCCUACCUGGGCUUGGAGAGUGACCGAGACCUGCAGGAUCUGGAGCUGCGCUACCUGCUCCAGCGGCGCGACCCACGCAUCGCUCUGCAUGCUGUGUUUGUGAGCAACGACGUGCGUGUUAACACAUGGUUCGACCCAUCCUGGAGGAAAAGAAUGCUGCUCACCCUCAAAAGCAACCGGGUGAAGUCCAACCGUGUUCAUAUGCUCCUUGGACUCGCCCUCCAGUUUUGCCUCACCAGAAACAGCACUCUGGAGCCGGCACUGUCUCUGUUUGUCAAUCCUUUCGGGGGCAGCCAUUCAGAGAGUUGGACCAUGCCUAUAGGUCAGCACGGAUACCCUGACUGGGAGAGGACCAAGCUGGAUAUCCCCUUGGACUGCUAUAACUGGACGUUGACACUUGGAAACAGAUGGAAGAGCUUUUUUGAGACGGUUCAUUUCUACCUGAGGAGUCGUAUCAGGGACUCUGUGGGAGCGACAGGAGGAAAUAAGAACACGACAGUGUACUAUGAGCCACUGGAGGCAACAGAGCCAUCUAACAACAUCGGCUACAUGAAAGUGAACAGCAUGCAGCUGUUCGGAUAUAGUGUGCACUUUGACCCCGAGGCCAUCCAGGACCUGAUUCUGCAGAUAGACUACCCAUAUACUCAGGGAUCACAGGACUCUGCCCUGCUGCAGCUGGUGGAGCUGCGCUACAGGGUUAACCGUCUCUCGCCUCCUGGGGCCCCACACGUGGAUCUGUUCGCCUGUCUGCUCCGCCACAGACUCAAACUGUCCAGUGCAGACGUGACCAGGAUACUCACUGCCCUCCAAGCUUUCAGUGCCAGACAACCAAACUACGUAGAGUACGAGGCAAAUAAACUGUGUAGUUAAUGGCCACUAUUUGAUGUUUUGUACUAUUUCCUUGCCACAGACAGGCUUAUAUACUUUGUCAGCUGGAUCCAUUUGUGUCAAGUGUGUGGUAUGUUAUCCAAGGCUUUGUUUUACAUACACCAUGUGCAAUUAAAUUUGAUGUUUUUAUCAUUCCAGUGUAGUUUUAUGGAUUAAAGCCCUUGAAAACUUG